GUAAUCGGUUUACCGGUCACUCGAAUUUAACUUCCUGUUUCUGGUUCAGCGUGAGAUUUUUUUUCGGAAACUUACUUUAUAGGAACAAGACUUUAGUGUUAAACUCAACGUGAAAAAUGUGUUUAAGAAACUAUUGUUUUGUGAUUAUUUUGAAGAUAAUAUGUGACAACAUAUAUAUGACAGGGGGAGCAUGCACGGCAGGUCCUGGUGACGUGAAAACAUUUGGCCCAGAUUGUCAAUACCAGUGUCAUUGUAAAAAUGGUGCUGCGUGUGAUGAGGACACCGGAUAUUGUCAAAACAACUGUGACGUCAAAUGGUACGGGCCAGGCUGUCAACUCAGCGAUUUGGCGGAAACAGAAAUGGCCAGGCAUUUAGACAAUGUCCUGUUAAAUAUUUGGGCUCACUAUGCCAACGAUGGCGAUAAAGCAACGUGUAGUUAUACUAAUAUUGCGACGGCUGGGUUGUCUAGAACACGACCUCCAUGGUGGAGAGUUCAAACACCAAAACUUGAAACCAUAUGGGAAAUUACAUUUCUGACCAAAGAAGAAUACUUACAUUAUUUCAAAGGAUUCAAAGUUACAGUAGAAACUGCCCCAGCGGAUAAAGCCGGGGAUGGGAAAUAUUAUCCACCGGAAACGGAAGUUAAGCUGUGUUAUCAGCACGAUAAUUCCGUGCCUUCUAACGAAUCCAUCCAUGUCACGUGCGGUACACCGCUGACAGGAAAUGUCGUAAGAAUAGAACUGGCAAGCACAUAUAGUCAGCUAGUGUUAUGUGACGUCAGAGUAUACGGCGGGCGCAAUUUGGCUUUUAAGAAGAACGUUACAUUUAGUGCGGCAAUGGACGAGGAUCUCUAUCCUGCAACAUUGGUAGUGGAUGGUGAUUCUAGAAACAGCUCUUUAGACUAUUGUUUUUCUACAAUACAGAGUACCUCCGAUUAUUGGGUUACAGUGGAUUUAGGCCACCUUGCGUUUAUUAAUCGUAUCAAAAUCUCCGAAUACAAUGACGGUUUACUUUUGAAUAUCAUUCUUUUGGUUCAUAUUUAUUCAGAACGAAUACGAGACUAUGGAAUAUAUGUGUCAAAUACAACGGAACCGACGGACGCCGUGUUGGCAUACUCGGAUUAUAGUAAAAAUCCACCAAAUCUGGAGGUUUCAUUGCACGCGACCGGACAAUUCGUCAAACUAGAGAGGCCUAAAAAUCGGGAUGCAACAGUAAUCUGUGAACUCGAAAUAUACGGAGAAUGCUCGGCAGGGAAAUGCGGGUUUAACUGUUUAACAGAAUGUCAUUGCAAGACAUUUGAAGAAAGAGUGACUGGGGUGUGUACUUCCGGUUGCGAAGCACGAUGGACCGGUCCAGGAUUAGAGUGUAUAAAUAAUUGUGACGAAACUCAUUGGGGAGAACAAUGCACACUCCAGUGUGGACGCUGCAAAGACUUUCAGCCAUGUGAUGUAGUAACCGGAUAUUGUAAAUCCGGAUGUCAAAAUGGUACCUUGGAUACGCCUUUGUGUGAUACUGAUUGCCCCAAUGGUACGUUUGGUGAGAAUUGCACGCUUGAAUGCAGCGGUAACUGUAACGAUGGAGACGCGUGUAGAAAAACAGACGGACACUGCGAGAGAGGCUGUAGCCCUGGUUUUACAGGCGACAAAUGUGACACAAAGUGUCCAAGAGGAUCCUAUGGAUUCAACUGCUCAUCCACGUGUAGCGUUAAUUGUGCAAGCGUUUUCUCAGACUGUGAUCAUAUUAAUGGAUCUUGUCUUGAUGGAUGCUUGCCAGGCUGGGAAGGAUCGCGAUGUGAAAAGGAAUGUGAUGCUGGAUUUUGGGGUAAGAAUUGUGUGGAAGUGUGCGGGCACUGUUUAUCUGGAACAUGUAAUGCUAGAAAUGGAGAGUGCAGUGGUGGCUGUGAAGCCGGGUACAAGACAACGCCUAAAUGUGAUCAAGAAUGUGACAUACAUAGAUAUGGUGAUAAAUGCAACAGCUUUUGUAGUCCGAAAUGUAAGAAUGUUUGUGACAGGGUUAACGGUACAUGCAGUAACUGCACUACCGGUUGGAAAGGAAGCAAGUGUUUGCAAGAAUGUGAUAGCGGCGAAUGGGGCGAAAAUUGUGAGAAUCAAUGCGGGCAUUGUUUAAAUGGAUCAUGUGAUACAUCUGAUGGCACGUGCGAUGGAGGAUGUUCACCAGGGUAUAAAACAACAGACAGGUGCAUAGAAAAAUGUGAGGACGGUUAUCAUGGUUAUAACUGCUCUGGCGUCUGUGGUAAUUGUAAGCCGGGAACCACAUGUGACAAAAUCACUGGAGUGUGCAAUGAAGGAUGUUCGGAAAAGUACAUGGGUAGCAUAUGUGUUGAAGCAAUGAUACAAAAAAGUAAGGCUACAGAUAGCUUCCCCGUGGCUGGUGUUGUCGGCGGCUUAUUUGCUGCUGUUGUUGUCAUAGCAAUACUGGUGCUUGUUUGUUUGAUGUGGAGACGAAAGAAACGGAAAAUGCUCAUGGACAUCCCAAAUAGUGAUGUUACAUUAGAUUCAUCCCCACUCGAUAACCUAAAGGGAGAGCGUGACGGAGAUAAACAGAACAAUAUUUAUGGAAAUCAGGUCGAUAAACAGGACAAUGUUUAUGAAAAUUCGAUAGAUAAACAAAAGAACGUUUAUGAAAACUCAGCUAAUAUACAAGCAGAGUUGGCUUUGUCAAAAGCGUCUAGAAACUACAGUUCAAAAGGUACGGUCUCCAUUCCGUUUGAAGAACAGCCGGAUGACGUUUAUUACAAUGAGGGACCUGUUGGCACAAAAUGGUCGGAGACUUCUAUCUUGGUCGAAGAGCUUAAGAACUAUGUAGAUAAAAUAACACGGAACGACAACAAUCUCGAACAAGAAUUUAAGAAACUACCCGUCGGUUUACAGCACCCUACUACAGUGGCAACAAAUCCCGGAAAUGCUGGCAAAAACAGAUAUAAGGCUAUGUAUGCGUACGAUCAUUGUAGAGUUGUACUAAAAUCGUUACCAGAUAAUCCAUACAGUAAUUAUAUUAAUGCAGCCUUCAUCAGGGGUCACUUUAAGGAAAAUGCGUACAUAGCUGCCCAAGGACCAAUUGACUUUACGCUUGACGAUUUUUGGAGAAUGAUUUGGGAAAAGGAUAUUCAAACUGUUGUUAUGGCCACAAACUUAGUCGAACUAACUAAGAUGAAAUGCAUAAAAUACUGGCCAGAUCUUGAUGAAAGGUUGAUGUAUGGUUCGGUUAUAGUGCAAACAGUAUCUGAGGAUAUAUUUGCUGAAUUUACCAUACGGACUUUAAAAGUUUCACAUGAGGAUAAUCCAGGGAUUGUUAGAACUGUGACACAGUUUCAUUACACGGCAUGGCCAGAUAAAGAUGUUCCUCGCAGCACGACUAGUUUAUUACAUUUCUGGUAUCGUGUACGGAAACACGAUGAGGAAAAGGAACAUUCUUGGCUGGUCCAUUGCAGUGCCGGAGUUGGAAGAACAGGGACUUUCACCGCUCUUGACAUCUUAUAUGACCAAGGCAUGGACCAGGGUUAUGUGGACAUUUUUGGGUGUGUCAGAGAUCUCCGAGAUCAAAGGAUCUGUAUGGUGCAAACAAAGGAGCAGUAUAUGUAUUUACAUAAAUGCCUUGUGGAAGCUCUAGUACUUCCGUCAAAACCCGUGCACAUUGAUGACUUUCCAAGCGUCUACCGUGAGCUUCUUGACAUAGAUCCAAACACAGGAAAAACUAAGCUCCUUUUACAAUAUGAGUCAUUGCUAGGUGAAACAGACAGCGGAAGCGGAAGUAGAUCUGAUGAAUUUGAGGACAAGUACUCCUCGGCUAAAGUUGCAGUAAAUAGGAAUAAAAAUAGAUACAGCAAUAUACUGGCGUCCAAUGACUGUCGUCCAUUUUUGUGCACCAAAGUGCAGGGCUGUUCAGAUUAUAUCAAUGCCGUGUGGAUACCAAGUUAUCGUGAUCCUUACGGGUAUAUUUUAACACAGACACCGCUUGAGAAUACGGCCGUAGAUUGUUGCCGCCUUAUUCUUGAACAAGAGGUCUAUGCCAUUAUAGCGUUUGAGGAAACAUUAGAUGACACGAUCGGUCAGUAUUUACCAAACAGUGGAUCUUUAGAUGUGGGACCAUUUACUAUAACAUUGAUAUCAGAGGAAGACAAUGAUGGCCAUUAUAUGUCAAAUACUUACAAGAUGAAAUAUGAUUCAAAGGAACACGUGUUUCUGAUGUUGCUAUACAAACAAUGGCCGCCUUCACGUGCUGUUCCAGACGAUCCGUACAAAAUGAUAGCAUUUUUACAAGAUAUUGAAUGUGUUCAGAGACAAGCUGGAAACAAACCCAUUCUUUUGCAGUGUUUGAAUGGAGCGGAGCGCAGUGGUUUGCUGGUCGUUUUGCUUAACAUUAUGGAACGUAUUGCAUGCACUGGCGAAGUAUCGAUUCCACAGGUGUUACGUCAACUACAAAUUAGACGUCAACAAAUCAUUCCCAAUUUUGAACAAUUUAAGUUUUGCUACAGUGUGUUGAAGACUUAUGCAGAAAGCAAUGCAACUUAUGCUAAUAUGUAAAUCAUACCGGAAGUGAUGUAAUUGACAAUGCGAUGUCUAUAUUGAUAAAAAUAUGAAAAGACCAAUAACUUUGUGCUGCAUUUUGACUAAAUGAUGUUCCUUUUAGAAAAUUCUGCAUAUUUAAAAUUAUGUAUAUUUUUGUGUGAAAGUUGUAUCUCCAGUCACAGAAUUUUAGCCGAAACUUUGUACAUGUGUUAGAUACGAAAAUAUUAUUUACCAAUACCCAUUCAAGGUAAUGCAUUUGAUUGAAAUAUGCCUCAUUUCAGAGUAAAUGCUUGAUUUGAACUAUCAAGCAUUGAUAAUAGUGCAGGCAUGUUGUCGCUCUAACAGCUCAUUUCAUGAGUUGUAUUCUUGAAUUAUGUUAAAUUAAAAAUGAAAUAUACUGUAUAAUGUUAAAAUAAAUAAAUUUCAAAAAUACUU